AUGUCUUUCACCGUGACCAAGAAGAGCUACCGCAGCACCUCUGCUGCCCCUGUCCGCACCUUCAGCAGCCGAUCCUACACCUCGAGCCCUGCCAGCAGCUCCCGGAUCAGCACCUCCUAUGCCGCCUCCAGCUAUGGGGGCAGCCGGUUCGGAGGGGGCAGCGGCGGGGGCUUCCGGGGGUCAUCUGUGGGGUCCGGCGGGAUGGGGGGCAUCACGGCCGUCAGCGUGAACAAGAGCCUCCUGGCCCCCCUGAACCUGGAGAUCGACCCCACCAUCCAGCAAGUCAGGACCAAGGAGAAGGAGGAGAUCAAGACCCUCAACAACAAGUUUGCCGGCCUGAUCGACAAGGUUCGUUUCCUGGAGCAACAAAACAAAAUGCUGGAGACCAAAUGGAACCUCCUGCAGAACCAGAAAAUCACCCGCAGCAACAUGGACAGCAUGUUCGAGGCCUACAUUAACAACAUGCGCCGGCAGAUAGACGGGUGCGGCCAGGAGAGGGCGAGGCUGGAUGCUGAGCUGAACAACAUGCAAGGUUUUGUGGAAGAAUUCAAGUCAAAGUACGAGGACGAAAUCAACCACCGGACUGAGAAGGAGAACGAGUUUGUCCUCUUGAAAAAGGAUGUGGACGAGGCGUACAUGAACAAGAUCGAAUUGGAAACCCGCCUGGAAUGCCUGACGGACGAGAUCAACUUCUUGAGGCAGCUGUACGAUGAGGAACUGCGCGUGAUGCAGUCGCAGAUCAACGACACCUCGGUGGUCUUGUCGAUGGACAACAACCGCAGCUUGGACCUGGAUGGCAUCAUCGCCGAGGUCAAAGCGCAGUAUGAAGAUAUCGCCUCCAGGAGCCGCGCCGAGGCAGAAAGCAUGUACCAGACGAAGUACGAAGAGCUCCAGACCGUGGCAGGCCGGCAUGGAGACGACCUCCGCAACACCAAGAAUGAAAUCAAUGAGCUCAACAGGAUGAUUUCCCGGAUACAGUCUGAAAUCGAGAACCUGAAAGGCCAGCGUGCUAACCUGGAAGGUGCCAUUGCCGAGGCCGAGGAGCGCGGGGAGAUGGCGAUCAAGGACGCCAGUGGCAAGAUGGCAGAGCUGGAGGGCGCCCUCCAGAGGGCCAAACAGGACAUGGCUCGGCAGCUGCGGGAGUACCAGGAGCUGAUGAACGUCAAGCUGGCCCUGGACAUCGAGAUCGCCACCUACAGGAAGCUGCUGGAAGGAGAGGAGAGCAGGCUGGAAUCAGGGAUGCAGAACAUGAGCAUCCAGACUAAAACAACAGGCUACUCUGGUGGCCUUUCUAGUGGCUUCGGUGGCUACGGGGGUGGGUACUCUUCGUACUCGAGCGGCGGGUACUCCAACUCUUUCCCUCUGGAGAGCUCGGUCACCACCAAGACGAAGGCCAUCGUCAUCAAGAAGAUCGAGACCCGGGACGGGAAGCUGGUGUCCGAAUCCUCCGACGUGCUGUCCAACUGA